AUGGGCGACACCGACGAUAAAGGCCAUGUUGAAGAGGAAAUUCAUAAGCUUCGUCAAGAUUUACAAGCGAUGCGCGACCUCCGAGAGCUUGUAAAGCUUAAGGCACAGUUAGCGGAGGAGCAAAAUAAGCUACAAGAAGAGCAGGCACGCCUCGACAAAGCUCAAAAUGGUGUGGGCCCCGAUGCUUUUGGUUCGAUCAGUCGCCAGCCCUCAAUGGCGUCUGACUUCUCUGCUGCUCUGGAUGACUUCAUACGACCUUUUCGGGAUUCAAGUGUUGUGAUAGCGACACCAACCCACAGCGACCAGUUUGAAAACAACAACAUAGCUACUAGUGGCCCUACACCGGUGACUUGUAAGCGGGUACGAUCAGUGGCUAGUCCUCCAGCGCUCCAAGAGCCUUACACCCCGGCAACAGACCCCGCAUCCUAUGCACCUGAACCAGUGCAAAUAAACAUCGGCCAUAUUGGGCAAGAACCAUCAGCAAAGAGAAUACGGGCUGACGAAGCUGCCGCUACGCUUGACCUACCUAGGUCCACUCUCCGCAAAUUGCCACUCGGAGAGGAGGGACACAAGACAGGAAUGAGGAAAUUUUUCUCCGAAAGUGGUUUCGGAAUUGAGAGAACUAGAAACGCAAGUCCUUCUCAACCUCAGACUGAUCCCCAGCCCGCUUCUCUACGGACGCAACUCCAAGCUACACCUCCUUAUCGUAUCCCGGCCACUCCGCCAAACUCGGCGGGCCUUCAAGUUGGCAUCUAUCAGGGGACGGGAUGGACUGAAUACAUCCAUUACAUCAACACACUAGAUGCCCACUUCGCUCAGCAUCCUGGAUAUUAUACAGAGGCUCGAAAAGUGGAGCUUGGGGCACAAUACAUCUCGCGCAAGCUAAUGGGUGAGUUGCCAGGUCAGACCAACCAUCCCGAGAGCAUGACGUGGCUGUCGUUUUGUACCCUAUUAGCCCAAGAACUCCCGCGAAACGCAAGAAUUGGACAAACCAUUGGAUAUAUUCGAGGCGCUCGCCAGAAACGAGCCCAACCCGUGACCCAUUUUGCCUUAUGGCUAAUCCAAUGGGCACCUUUCACUCCUAAAUACAGCGCUCGGGAUUUCGGGGAAUUCUUGCUAGAAGGGGCGUUACCCGAGAUUAGAUGCCAGGUGGAAAAGUUUUACACAGUACCUCGGGAUUAUAAUACGUUGGUUUCAUAUCUGCAAGGGAUUGAAAACGCAAUUCCGGCCCGAGCGAGAGUUAUCUCAUCACGAAAGAAGGACAUUGUUUUAAAUGGCGACAGUCAAGUGGUGCCGGUCUACUUCGCACGCGACUGGGAGGAAUACAAACAAUUCAUAUCUCGGUUACAAAGUUGUUUUGAGCAGCGCAGAAGCUCAGACGAAGAAGCACUUAUGAUUGAUGUCGGCAGGAAGCGUCUAUCGCGUUUAUUGCGCGAAGGAUGGGAUAAGCGUGCCGCCGAUCUGAAAGAAAUCAACUGGUUCGCAUUCUGCGUCUUUCUGGUGGAACAAAUUCCCUCAAAAGGCUCAAAGAAAAGGUAUUGGGGAAUAACUCAAAGAGAAAAUCAGCCUGUGGAUAUCUUCGCGCUCGAGCUACUCCGGUGGGCUCCGGAUGAUUUAGGUGCAGCGCACGACCGCCGGAAGCAUCUGUCGGAACGGGUGCUCGAAGAACUUCGUUCAGAAGCAAUACAAAGCUUAAAGGUCUUUGAUGAGUUUCACUUGCAUCUCAUGCCAGACGCCGCAUCAAUCUCCACCUGA